ACUUCUAUGGUUCGGUUUUUUCCUCAUGUUCUUUUGGAAGAUUAAGAAAAACCCAUUUGAUUAUCUUCAAAAAAGCUUCUUCUUUUCAUGCAAACCUGAUGUUCCUUCCGUAAAUCCAUUUAAAACCUCCAAGCUCAUAAGUAGCUAUUUUAAAUUGGGAAAGAUUAGAGAAGCACAGAAGCUGUUCGAUGAAAUGACUGAUAAAAAUGUAGUUUCAUGGUCUGUUGUGAUUCAUGGAUAUGCUAUAAAUGGGUUCCAUUCUAAGUCCGUUGAGUUGUUUUCCCAGAUGCGAAUAUUGGGUUUUGCUCCUAAUUCUUACACUGUUGUUGGUGUUCUUGUUUGCGCCCGAGGUCUGCCGGACCUUGUGCUGGGGAAAUCUGUUCAUGGAGUAACCGUGAAAAGUGGAUUCGAAUCUAACUCGGUUGUGGGCACUGCAUUGUUGGGUAUGUAUGCAGAAUGUGGGAAUAUCUUUGAUUCAUGUAAAUUAUUUGAGGGGAUGAAGAACCCGAGUAUUGUUUCGUGUAAUGCUAUGCUUGCCGGCUAUAUAGAUAAUGAACUCUUUGAAGAGGGCGUUUUGUUGUUUAACCGACUAAGAAUGUCUGGUUUUAUUCCUGGUGAGUCAACUAUGUUGACUGUUGUUCAAGGAUCUGUUGCUCUAGAGUCGAGAAUUGUUGCUCAGUCCAUUCAUGGUUUAGUAGUUAAGUUGGGUCUUGAUUCGGAUAUGUCUGUUAACAACUCGAUACUUGAUUUAUAUUCAUGUUGUAAGGAUUUAGAUGCAGCAAAGAAAGUUUUUGACAUGAUGGAAUGUAAAGAUGUCAUUAGUUGGACAACAAUGAUGGGCUUAUUAGUCAAUCUUGAAUAUGCUGUGGAUGCUCUAAAUCUUUUCCUCAAGAUGAAGGCUAGUAAGGUAAAUCAUGAUGCUGUAGUGAUUAUGAAUCUUGUUUUGGCUUGUACAGUUCUAGGAGAUUUGAGGAGAGGAAGACAAGUUCACUCUCAAGCUGUUAUUUGUGGCAUUGAAUAUGAUCUUCCUCUUGCAAACUCUCUCAUCACAAUGUAUGCAAAGCGUGGUGAGUUACAAUCUUCAAAAACCAUUUUUAAUCAGAUGACUCAGAAGAGUCUCGUUUCAUGGACCGCAAUAAUUUCAGGGUGUCUUCAAAAUGGACACCCAAGAGAGGCUAUGAAGCUUUUCAUGGAGGUAUGGGUCUCAGAAAAUUAUUCUCUUGAUUCAGCGCUGAUUGUUAGUGCUUUGACUGCUUCUGGAGUGGUUGCUGCUUUUGAACUUUGCCAACAGCUUCAUUGUUAUUCACUUAAAGCUGGUUUUAGCCAUUAUAGAUCAGUUCAAAAUAGUGUCAUAUCAGCAUACGCGAAUUCUGGUUGUAUGGACUUUGCCCAGAGUGUUUUUGAGGAGAUGGGUUGUCUUCAAGAUUUAGUCUCUUGGAAUGCGAUUAUAAAUGGUUAUGGGAUGAAUAGCCAAGGAGAAGCUGCUCUUGCUCUCUACCAUAAGAUGAGGAAAAGUAGGGGAGACAUAGACAGAUUUACAUACUCAUGCAUUUUAGGGGCUUGUAGCCAUUCGGGGUUGAUAACAGAUGGCCUUAUGAUAUUCAAUGAGAUGGUCGAAGAGAAUGAAGUAAUGCCAUGUCAAGAGCAUUAUGGAUGUAUUGUUGACUUGCUUGCCCGAGCAGGGUGCUUAUCAGAGGCAAGUGGAUUUGUUGAUGACUGUUUCGAAGUUAUGGGUCCAAAUGCUUUGAGAGCUUUGCUAAGUGGCUGUGUGCUUCAUGGUAAUGUGGAGUUGGCUGAAGUUGUAGCAAAAAAGUUAUUUGAGCAGGACCCAGAGGAAUCAGGUCAUGUUGUGCUUCUUUCAAAUGUUUAUGCAUCAGUUGGAAGGUUUCAAAAUGCUGAAACAUUGAGAACAAGGAUGGACAAGCAACGAUUGAUGAAGAAUCCUGGAAUUAGCUCACUUGGUGAAAGUUCUUAUGACUUUGGUUGAAGGUUCUUACUUUCGAAGAUGGAGAGGAGAAUCAGAUCCUUCUGCAUGAAGUACAAAAUGGCCCACUUGUUAGCAGCCUUCUACCUGAUAUUUAUGAUCACAUGCUAGGCAGUUCAAGAUUAGUGGAAGAUGAGCAGUUUGUAUGCCUGAAAAGCUCCUAUUAUUGGUGAACCUGAAAGCUCCAUGACUGUCAUCACUCUGUGCCCUCAGUUCAUACCAGUCGAAGUCCAGUUUGUGGGAAAAUAUGUAAAGGUGGAAUUUGUUGGCACAAUUAUAGGCAUCAAUAUCUUGUUCGUGAGGAAAGCAUCAUGUAGUUUCCAUGAGACAUUGUCUGAGUUGGUGAGAUGGUUUGAAGGGCACAAGAAUAAGGCAAAA